AUGUCUCCAAAUGCUAGUAGCGUUCAGGUUUCGUUUCUGCUCGGAGUACUCGCUGUCUUCAUAGCAUGGAUAUACUCAGAGUUACUUGAGUACAGGAGGUCUUCACUGCACUCUAAAGUCAGCUACUGGGACGGAUACCAAUUCAAUAUGGAGAAAUCUUCAUCAUCAUCUGAUCCGGUCGAAAAUGUUGACUGGAUCAGCAAACUCCCCGAUGAUGUAUUGCUCAUGAUCUUAUUGAGACUGUCCACAGAAGAAGCGAUAAGGACGGGCCUUGUGUCCAAACGAUGGGAACAUGUGUGGAAACACAUGUCUCAUCUAGUCUUGGACAUGCGAAAGAAGAUUACCCGUUCCAACAAUACGCUCCAUGUUUCGAAUCAAGUCGCUACAUUGAUCACCAAGAUUAUAAAAAAUCACCGUGGACAUCUAGAGAGCUGCAUAAUCGACCAUUAUACAAACGGGAUGCUGAAUACUUGGAUUCAAUCUCUCACCAGUGUAAAGCAGACCAAGCAUCUCACACUUAGACACCAUCUUGAUCCAACAAACAAUGGAGAAUUUAUCGAGUUUCCCCCAAACUCAUAUCAAGGACUCACAUCACUCUCGCUCUUUUCAUACUUUUUCGCAACCUCAACCUCACAUCAUUGCUUCAACAACUGCCAAAAUCUCAAGACCCUCAAGCUCUCAUGUAUCCUCGCUCGCGAUGUUGGAGUCUUUAACAGAAUCCUCGCAUCUUGCAUUUCCCUUAAGGUGCUUGUACUACACAUCAAUUGCUUAGAAAAAAGUGGUCCUUUGAAGAUUGAAAACAAGAGAUUACAGUUGUUGAAAGUGUCGUUUUGCGAUAAGAUUGAUGGCAUUCAAGUGUCAUCACCUAACUUGCAUAUUCUUGCUCUCGAAGAAAUUUUCUCAUGUCGGAGAGAUGACUUUGUCCUCAAUUCCCCUCGACUCAAGUUUAAUAGAAACUUUUGGCUUACAGGGACAUACUUACCUCACAUCAGCUACAACAUAUCUCAGGAGGAAAAUUGCGUUGGGCAUAAAGAAAUUGUGGUAAACAACACAUGUUGUGACAUGUUGAGAGCAAGAAAUCCUGCAUGCUUGUCAGUGAGUGUAGAUUUAAUGAGUCCAAGAGAAGUUGAGAGGUUUAGACAAGUCUUAAAUCUAUGGACUUUUGAAAUGGUAGAGCUUGAGAUCUUAUUUAAGGAUAACAAUGCUCCUAGGGAAGAAGGUGAGUCUUCACCAAAGAAGGAGAAUAACAAUGAUCAUUUGUUCUUCAAUGCUGGAUUCCGCGUGGUUACGGUGUGGAUGCAUAACUUCAGCGGUUCAGAGGAAGAAUUUGCCUUAGCGUCGUGUUUGAUUAGGCAAAGAAAGGUGGUAAAAAAUAUGAUGAUCAAGACGACAUCGUUUCAUGCAAGGAAGAAAUUGGAGAUAGAAACGGCGGUGGCCAAGCUACAAGCACUUCAAACCAAAGAUCAAUGGGAGCUUACCAUCAAAUGUUUCUAA